UACAGUAUGUUGCUUUAUGGCUGCUCUUGUAUUUAUUUUUAAAAACGGUGAUGAUAACAAAAGUACUCGUAAACGUGAAUAAUACCAAGCAAUAAAAAUAAAUAAAUAAAAACAAAAUAAGCAAAAAAAUAAAUAAAUAAAUGAAAAUUUAAAAAUAAAAGAGAAAAAAAAAUCAUAACAAUUGAAUAAACAAUUAAUUUAAAAAGAGAGACCGAUACACUUGUGAUUGAAUUUUAUAUUGCUGCCCAUUAUUUUAAAAUUGUAAGUGUACUUAAAGAAAGAAACAAGGAAAAGAUGAUAAUCGAUCAGCAAAAUAUUAAGGAUAACUAUCUCCUGCUACUAAUAUUUUUUAUAGUGAUAUUUUUUAUUACGAUGAUUUCCAUAGACAAUAUGAUUUUAUUCAUAUUUAUAACAGUUUGCAUAUUUUUCGGAGUAGGAAUAUCUGCCAUAUUGAGAAUAUAUUCACGUCGUCAUCAACGUAAUAUCGAUACUGAAGAUCCAUUCUGUACAACUGGUGAUUCAAAUCAAUUUAGAAGAAAUCAACAAUUAUUAGAUACAAAUGAAUUUACAAAUCGUAAUAAUAAUAUAUUUGUAAUUGAUGUUGGUAAUGAUACAUUUUAUAAAGGUCCACCACCACCAAAAUAUGGUGAAGAAAUGCCACCAUCAUAUGAAGAUGCAAUUAGAAAUGUUGCAUUAAUAACAACGGGAACAACAACAACAACAACAUGUACAAAUGAUAAUAUAACAAUAAAUACAACGAAUACAACAAAUAUAACAGAACGAAAUUCAACUGGUUAGAAAGAAUAUUAAAUUUAAUUAAUGUUAAAAAAUAAAUGACCAAAUUAAGAAAAUUAAUUUAAAAAAAAAAAAGAGUAUUAAAAAAAAGCAGAGACAUAAGGUGAUAUAAUACAUAUAUAUACACAUGUUAUAAUAUAGUUAUUUAUGUGAAAACAAAUUGUGAUAAAAUAUUAUAUAUACAUAAAUAAAUUAUAUAGGAAAAAAAUCGAAAAUAUAAAAAACAAUUAAAAAAUACACAAGUAAAAUGUUCGAUGAAAAAGAGAAGAUAAUCAAUUAUAAAUAAUGCGCACCUUAAACUGGGAUAUUAUUCAAAAUUAUUGAGGACGUCUUAUUAAGGAUUGAAUAUUCAGAUUUUAAAUGGAAUGCAGAUUUUUUUUUUUGUGAUUAAAUCCAAGUGCAGUUUGUUAAAAUUUAAUAUUGAAUAAAUGAAGAGUAUAAACAGAUCGAAGUUGAAAUAUUUGAAAAUUAAGAAAAUUUUUAUAAGAAAAUAUUUCCAAAAAGUAUUCUAUACACACACACACACACACAUUUAAGAUGUUAAGGUUAAAAUGUAUUGAAUAAAUUUGUGAAAGAAAUGGAUAAUAUUAAUACUUUUUAUAUAAUAUAAUAAAAAUUAUUUUAUUAAAUUGUAUACUAUAGGAACUUAAUUCAAAAAAACAAAUAUAAGUAUUAAGUUUAAUUAAGAUGAA